CGCGACUAAAAAAAUGGCCAGCUAGGUUUGAGAGAUUAUACAAGACAAAAACAUUGUUUUCCUGCAAUGAUGGCUUGUUCAAGUGUCUCGGGAGCCUAGUUGUCUCAGGAAGUCAAUAAUGUGGAGUGACUCCAAACAUUUAACAGAAGUUUGGAGGACCGCUGUAUAGAGACAUGGCAGGAUAUUUCCCUGCUGGAGCCCCUGACAAACCUCCAGUGCUGGACCACAAUAUGAAUAACAAUAGCCUCCCCAUCAAACAGACCCCCUCCCCAGGAGAUAAGGAGUGUGUAUUCUUUGUCUCAUCCCCCUCUCCUGAGGCGGUCCCCUCCCCGAUUUCUGGGUCCCCUAUUUUACCCCACCACCCCAUCUCCCCACCACUAUUACAGAAAAUUCAGUAUGAGUCCCCUCAGAGGUCCCCUAAGAUCCCCCACAAAGACUUAACCCCCCUCAUACAGAGUACAUCACCUCCUGGGACAGUUCAGCUGAAAUCAAAUGAUAAACCAUUGGCUCUCACUUCAAACGGGGGUCAGAGAACCAAUCCAAAAACACAAGAAAAACAGCCAGCUAUCAGCACAAACAAUUCUAAAACUGGGGACGAGCGGAAAAUAUCACAGGGCAUUAAUUCCAAGGUUGUGGAUGAGGGUACAAGGUCACAGGGCAUUAGUUCAAAGGUUGUGGAAUCAUCAGAGGUUAAAAGGUCACAGGGCAUUAGUUCAAAGGUUGUGGAAUCAUCAGAAAACAAGGUUGUGAAACGGCAGAAAAAUGUUUCCAUAGCAACAGAAAGCAAUGGGGAAGAGUCCACUAAGGAUGCAGGAACAGAUACUGCCACAGACUCUAAUCGCAAACCAGACCUCUCUAUAUACAGGGUGAUGAGGGGUGUCAGCUUCUUUGAACCAGAAGAGGGAGACAUUGACACAUCGUCUGUAGAGUUACGACACAGCGGGCGACAGCGGGGUGAACUACGACAUGCCAUGUCCGAGGUCCUGCCCAAUGAAGUGCGACUCCGCAAACGCAGCCAGACAAUGGCUCACGUCAAGGAGCAUGCCUAUGGCAGGCUUCAGGAGGAACUCUCUAAGGCUCAGGAGGAGCUGAAGCUGAAGGAUGAGGAGUGUGAGAAGUUACUGAAGGUCAGGGAUCAGAUGGGGGAAGAGCUAGAGGAACUCACAGCCAGUCUGUUUGAGGAAGCCAACAACAUGGUACAGGACGCUAAUGUUAAGAGGAUGCACUCCGAGAAACUGCUGAGGGAAGCUCAUCAACAGAUUGAGGUCCUUCAGGCUGAGGUCGUGGCCUUGAAACAGCUGGUCCUGACCUCCACCCCAGCCUCCCCCAACAAACACCUCCACCCCCAGAUAGCCACUACAAUGGCGGCGGAGAAGGAGAAGCCCAAGUCCAGCAAGCCGUUCUGGAAGACUCACCGACGCUCCACCAGUCACCACGAGUUUACCAAGGAGGCCAGACAGGAAGUAGAGGCCCAACAGGAAGCCAAGGCUGACCGCUGUAAAGAGACAGAAAAUGAUGACGAAAUGAUUGACAGUACAAUUUAUGAAGAGUUUGUGGAAUGGAGGCAGAAACCUUCCCUCGAGUUAUCUACUGCCUUCCUGAACCGGAUGUAUGUAGAAGACAUAGGCCCCUGCCUGAACUUCUCUAAUGUAGCUUUGGCAGAAAAAGUGAAAAGUUGUGUGGCCUGUAAUAGUCUGACAAUAGAACCCAUUCCUGGCGAUAGUUCCUAUCCAAGGAAGUGUCGCUUAACAGAAAGCAACAAACUGUGUAACUACAAAAUAAAGCUGGGAGAAGAUUCCGAAUGGUAUUCUAUAUCUCAGCUUUGUAGGAAUAGGAUUGCUGCUGUUUGUGAUUUCUAUACAUACAUUCGAUACAUUAACCAAGGUUUAGUGAAGAGUGAAGACAAGGAUGCUUUUUACGAAGUUGCAAGAUUGAGGAAGAAGAUGGCUCUUUCUAGACUUGGUUAUUCCUAGUUUGUUAGUGAACACUUCCUAUGUUAGUGAUUCUCAGGCCACACUUAAACAUGUUAGUGACUUUUCACUUGCCAUUGUAUAGUGCCUACAGAGGCAGGAUACUGACAAAUAAGAGGCUGCUGCAGGGCUUUCAAGGAGAUUUUCAGUGCCAUCCAGUCCACUUUCCUUUGUUUAGAGGGGGACAACUGUCACAGCUUGAGAGAAAGAAAUUUUAGAUUAAAGAUUUGUGAAGUUAUACAACAUGGAUAAUGUUGAAAGACAUGAUUUUAUACACCAAUUACAUUUUGUUUAUGUUGUCAUGAUAGUUAGGAGAUUUUGUUUGACAGAAUCCUAAAGUAUCUACAGUAAAACACACUUAUGAUGAAUUGUGGUGAUGUUAUUUUCAUUUCCCAUCAGUCUUAAGCAUAUUCUGGAGCUUAAGAAUAUAAAGAAUUAUGCUUUUAAGGAAGCCAAAUAACCAGUUCCUUGCAAAUAGUUAUAAGCAUGUUUAAAGUUCCAUGUUUCCAUUUGAAUGUCUUUUAGGUAGAGUUUAGAUCGAAUUAAAGAUAAGCAAAUUUUUAUUGUUCACUUAUUUAAAUGUAUUAUUUUAAGUGCAGAAUACUUCUGACGAUUAAUAGUUAUCAUAAAUGUUUAGCGCACAAGUCAUGGUGCAACAUUUUUCUUCCACUGAUAAUGUGCAAAUUAGAAAAAUCAGUUUCAUCAUAGACGUCUGUUUUCAGUUUCAUGAAAGACUAAGUUUGGUGGCAGUUUUUUAUACAAAAUAUGUAUUCUGUUGUAUAAUGCCACAAAAAUUGGUUAAUCAAAAAUAUACUUGGAGUAGCCCACCUGAAAAAUACAUAUUUUUUAAUAUAUUGCAGAUAUUUUUUUUAUGUGAUUUAGUUGACAAGAGGGAUAAAUAGUGAUAUUACAUGUAUAAUCAUGUAAAGGAAUUUUUUAUAUGUACCAGAGUUGUGUAUACUGUAUAUAGAAUUUGUAUAUAUGUAUAAUAUUUUAGAAUACUGUUGAUUGAAAAUAUAUAAGGAAGCUUUUGAAAAAAAAUGAAUUAAUUAAUGAAAGUGAUGUAUAUAUUCAUUGUACAGAGCAAUUGGAGAAAGUAUUUUCAAUUUCAAACCCUUGCUUUAAACAUAAAUCUUGUUUCCUUUGUAUAGUUCUGAUUUGCUUUAGUGUUUUGAAUUUACGAACAUGUGCCAAACCAGCUCUUUAAUCCGUGGGAAAUAUGCACUGUUAAAUUAUCUAUAUUUUAACAUGUUACAUGUAAACUUAAAUUUAUAACUUGAAAAGGGUAUUGUAUAUUAGUAUUGUUUAUUACAUGCAUUUGAAGUUAUAUAAGAUCCUAAACAAAAUUGUUAUUAUAUUUUGUUGUUAGAAAUAUAUAUAUUUAUUUUAUCUACAAUUCAGAACUGUUGAUGCAAUUUCAUAAUAGCUGUGUUUUUGUGCAAUAUGUGGUACUUUGUUACAUAUUUAUCUUCAUUUUGAUUUGUAUUGUUGUAAACGGAAUACCAAUGUUUGAGAUUCACUAUUCAAAAUUGUACAGCAAGAAAAAAACAACUCACUUUUAUAAAGUGUAAUGCAUAAUUGUAUUAGAUACCUUGAAAAUUUAAAAUUUGAAAUUUAAUCUAAUAUAUAAACAGAGUCAUGUGCAAUAAACACUAACAUAUGCUACAUGUAUGCUUUAGAAAUUAGUAUUAGUUUAGAAACAGGAACAAAAAAAGAAAUUGAUGCUUUAGUUAUCAAAGUAUUGAGAACAACAUUAGAAACACAGUAACAUGACUGCUAUGAAGAUUUAUCUUAGAAUUAAAAAACCUGCCUGUCUCUACAAGAAGUGACUAUUUCCUGAAAAUUUUACUGAGAAAAAUGUCUAUACCCUCAGAGUAAAUAUCUUUAUAUUCUGGUUCUCACAGGAAAGUUUUGAAAUACGUGAAGCUGAUACAUGUACUUUCAGUUGUUUUAGAAUAAAUUACUGGUAUAUUUGUUUGUGAGAAACAGCUGCAAGUUUUGUAACCUUGUUUUACUAAAGACUAUUCAUAUGCAGAAUAUUUUCUCAGGAGUUGAUAUUUGUUCUAUUCUUUUUUUUCUGGACGUUUUAAACCUUGAAUUAUGUGUGCUCUUAGUUCAGUAUUUUGUUUUUGUUUUGUCUCUGCGAUAUAUUGGUUGUGAUUAAAUUUAAGCAAAUGAAGAAUGCUGGAAAUGCUUGAAAUGUGAAAAGAAAAAAUAUUAAUGGAUUUGCUUCAUUGAUGCAUAGUAUCCAAUCAUUUUGUCAAUGAUGAGAGAAAAUGAACAAUUUCUGACUUUUUUUUUUAAAUUUAUUCCAUAAAAACACUGAGU